AUGAUGUCACGCAGCUGAGUUCUGGUUUCUGGGCUGCGGCGGAGUAGGCGCUGCGGCAUGUUCCACUGCUCUAUGGCGGUUCCUUCGCUGCAUCGGACAUGCGUUUAAGUCGAUAAAUACGGCCAUGACUCCAUAAGGCGUCCUCCUCUCUCUCUGCGCUGCGGGUUUUGGGGAUCUGGGUCCAGCGCAGCUACAUUUAAGAAGGAGCCAUGUGGAAGUGGUACUCUGCAGAUGAGUCGCCCCCAGUGCCAGCAGGGGCAGCAAGUUCCCAGAAGAGCAUUGGCAAUCAGUCUGUGGCAGACUUAACUGAGCAGCUGGCUCAGAAUGAGCAACUGGUAUUGCAGCUGAAGGAGCUAAUUCGGGAGAAAGAUAACCAGCUUCAAGUGAAAGAUCAGCUGCUUAAGGAAGACAAAGAAGCCUUUGAAGCAAAAAUUUCCAAAAUGAAGCUGCAGACAAAGGCAAAGGUCACAUCACUUUCUGCCCAGCUGGAAGAUGUGAAGAAGCAACUAGGUGCUUCUAGUGUUAAAGAGCAGACAACUGGAAAACACAAGCAAUCAAGUGAUGGUGAUCAGGAACAUGCAGCUGCCAAUAGGGGUAAAAUAUUAAUGUUGAGGAAAAAGGUUGAAGAGUUGGAAACACAAAUUGUGAAAAAAGAUACAGAAUUGAAGAAGACGCUUACAGAACUAGAAGCACAGUUGCAACGUGGUUCCAAUAUGGACAUGAUGCUUGCUGAGAAGGACAAAAAACUGGCUGAAAAAGAGGCCUAUAUCAUUGAGCUUCAGUUAGCUGCUGUUUCGAAUCAUGGACCUCAACAAGUAACACUGCCUAGUGAAGAAAUUGAGGCAGUGCAGCAUCAGCUUGGAGGGAAGGAAACUUCCAGCAGUGAUUUACAGUCGAUGGUUCACAUUCUGACCAAAAAAGUUGAGGAGAAUGAGGAAAGCUUCAGCCUCCUCCAGGAGCAGGCGGACAAUUUGAAGGACCAGCUCAACAAAGAGAAAAUCCAGUAUCAGGAGAAGGAAGCAAUGUACAUGAAAAAUAUUCGUGUGUUUCAAGAAAUAAUUCAAGCAAAGGAAAACAAACUUGCUGAACAAGCACAGAAGCAUGAGCAAGAACUCUUCAUUGUGGCCUCAAAAUUAGAUGCUAGUGCUGAUUUUGAACAGUUGUUGAAAGCUCUCAAACAAAAACUUCAUGAAAAGGAGGAAGUGCUAAUGGGAAGGACGCAGGUUGUGGAUGUACUGCAGAAAGAACUUGAUGGGAGAGAUCAGAAGAUACAGGAGAUUAUUGAAAAAUUGAAACUUGUGCAGUUAGAAAAAGACAAUCUUGAGGCUAAGCUUGAUGCUGAAAAGCAUGUGAUGAGAGCCCAGGUGAGAGAUUUGAUGGAAAGACAUGAGAUGGAUUUGAAAACAAUGAGAGAGAAACACAGCAUGCAAUUGCGAGCUAUUGAGGAGAAACAUGAAGAUGAACUAGCUGAGAAAGAACAACAUCAGUUAAAACUUCUGAAGCAACUGCAAGAUUUACAAGCCCAUGGUAAUGCUUCUGUAAUAUUAGAGACAACUGCUACUAUUGAUAAACAGAAGAUUGGGGAAUUAGAAGAGCUACAGAAUGACGGUGUUGAACGUAUCAGUGGCAAGAAGGGACAAAUAUCACGUGAACAACUAAAACUUAAAAUGGAAGAGGUUGCUAAGUCAGAGGCCAAAUUCCUGAAAAUGAAAGCUUGGUCCAAAUCCAGAAUCAGACAGGCUGAAGAAGAUGUGAGGAACGCAAUCACUGGAACUUCUCACCAAGAGCAAAUUAUCCUAAAAAACCGAGUUGCAGAACUGGAAGAGGAGAAAGGAAACCUUGAACAAAAAGUGAAUGAUCUUGAAAAGCUAAGACUGCAAAAUGAGGAGCUUCUGGCAAAAUUAGAACUGUAUGAAGAACAGCAACAGAAAAUGCAAGCAGAUCUUGAACAGAUGACCAAACAGGCAACUUCCCAGACAAGUGAAUCCGGCAGUGCUGAAGAACUGCAGAGUCGGCUGCUUGAGUGGCGAGAAAUGGUUUCUGAAUCGGCAAGGGGACAGGCCAAAGAGGAGAGGGCUGUCAUGGAAUUACGAAUGACACAAAUUGAGGAAGAAAGAGAAGAACUGAUUGAGGAUGACUGGUUCUUUCCUGGCUGCUCUGAUCCAGCUUUGGUCUCAGGACAGCAGGAGCUGGAGGAGGAACUGGUACAACUUCGAAGGCUAGGACAGCACCAAGGAAGGGAGAAAUGCGCCAGAGACAGUCAAAAUCUCAAGGUCGACUAUGAAUAUGAGAAACAAUAUUUUGAAGAAUCCAGCGUUAGUGUGGAUAAUGCUGACAACACUGAAGGGGAGAACUUGGGAGGAUUGAGGACAGUUGUUGAGGAGCUCGAACUAGAACGGAACAGACUGCAGGAACAAAUCCUAAUGCUGGAAGAGCGCUAUCAGGACCUGGAGGGCAAAGCACAGCUCCGUGCCAGAAUAGAAUUCCAUCAGGUGACCUUUGGUGUAUGUGAAGAGGGGCAGCCACUGAGGGUUCUCCACACUGAGAGUGAAUCCGAACGGUUGCAAAAUCAACUGUCCCUUGUGAGAAGCCAACAAAGCCGUGAUUUUGAGCAACACCAACAUCUUAUUUCCAAUCUGAACGAACAGUUGAAAGGAGUCAACGACAAGAAAGAUUUCUUGGAAAAUUCACUUCUAGCCAAAGAAACUUUGUUGGCAGAAUCAUCAGCAAAACUGCUGCAGAUGGAUAAAUUGAAGGAAUCACUGGAAGCCCAGAAGAUAAUUAACCAAGACCUUACAGGAAAGCUAUUGCAAACUGAAGAAAAUCUGGGAAACGUUAACAAGAAAUGCAGUUCUUUUGAAAUAGAAUGUGUUGAUCUGAAAAAUGUAGUUCAGGACCUCUCAGAGAAACUUUCUUCAAACAAAGAAAAGGUGCAGAAACAGGAAGUUGCAAUGGAAGUUCUACACCAAGAUCUAGAACAGGCAAAUGAUGAGCUCGUGCGGCUUAAUUCAAGCCACUUGGAGGAGCGAGCCUGCCUGAUUGAUGAUCUACAAAGCUGUGAAAGAGAGAUUGACCUGCUUAAAGAGACAAUUGCGGAGAAGGCACAUGAAUUGACUGACCUCUUUAAGACUGUGGCAGAAUAUUCAGAGCAUAAUAAAACACUGAAAGAGCAAAAUAAAUGUAAGGAGCAGGAGGUAGGAGAACUUCGAGCAGCCUUAGAAAAGGUUGAAAUGGAGAUCAUGCUACUGAGGAAAACUCAAUCUGUUGAUGACCAGACCACGAAUGCUAGCAUUUCUGCACUUGUAGAUCAACUUUCUCAGAUUGAGUCUGAACUCAGCAAUGCUAGGAGUGAAGAUGAAACAAAGGGGAAAGAAAUUGUAUCCUUAUUGAAGCAGAUUGGAGAAAAUAAUAACACAAUUCAAGGUCUACAUUCAGAAUUACAGAAGCAGAAACAAUCAGCUAAAGCUCAUCUUGUGGAUUGUAGUGCUCAGAUAUCCUUACUUGAAAAUAAGAUCAUCAUAGCCACACAACAGCUUCAAGAAACAAAUGCUGCAAACCAACAAGAAAUUGAAUCUCUCAAGGCUCAGUUGAUCGAAAGCAGCUUGGCAAAAGGGAGACUUGACCGUUCUCUCCGAGAGAAGGAGGAAAAAGAACAAUGUUUGGAGAAUGAGAUGAAAACUUUGAAGAAUCAGUGCAACAAUCUGAUAUCUGACACUGUUGGAAAAAAGGAGGAGUUGACAAAGUUGUCUAAGAAAUUUGCUGAACAUAAAGAAGAAGCUGAAAUCCGACUGCAGGAGAAGAUGGAUCUUGUUGCCUCUUUGGAGAAGAAGCUUCAAGCUAUUCAAGAAACCAAUUCUCAACUAGUCCAAGAAGUACAGGCUAAAGAAAUUGAAAGGCAAGAUUUGAAAAAUCAGAUAGAUGAGAUGACCGGAUCACUUGAUAACUUAAAAAAGCAAACACAAGAACUUAAUGAAACAAAUGGGCAGCUGCAGGCAACAGUAAAAGAGCAAGUUCAAAGUCUUUCAGAGCAAGCUAAACUUCUGUCUGAAUCAAAUGAAAGAGUUGCUAAUCAUUUGGAGGUUGAGUUCAAUUUGGAGCAUCAGAUAAAAGAGCUGAGCAUUAAAAAUGAAAAUCUCAAGGAAAUUGUCAACAUGAAAGAAGAUGAGCUUUUCAAUAAAAAUGAUGUUAUUCAACAGUUAGAAAAAGGAAUAGCUUCCAAAGAAGAGCAGACUUUACAGUACAUAAGUACAAUUUCUCAACUUCAAAUAGAUAAAGAAUCUAUAGUUCCAAAACUAGAACUUCUGAAAAUGUUGGAACAGAAGGAAGUAACGGUCGAAGAGCAAUUACGUGAAAAAAUAGAUGAGUGUGACUUUCUGAAAAAUCAAAUUCUAGAAAAUCAGAAAACCACUGAGCAGGUUCGAGGGCAACUGCAGUCCUUGACAGUUCAGCUUGGAGAACUUCGUCUUUUACUCGCUGAAAGGGAGGAUUCGUUAAGCAAUAAAAUUACGGAAUGCAUCUCUCUCCAAAACCAGCUUCACGAAGGACAAGAGACGUUGAUGCGGCUACAAGAUCAAAUUCAGGAUUCCAAUAUUGAACUUGAAGUCAAGGAUGUAGCUUUAAAACAAAAGCUAUCUGAGUGCGAUGGCCUGCAGAAAACACUAAGCCAGCAACAACUUACCGCUAAAAGCUUAGAGAGUCAAGUGCAUGCAUUGACAGAAGAAACGGAAAAACUCAGACAACUAUUAGAAAAUAGACAGUCGCUCCUAAGUAAUAAGUCCAACGAAUGUCAUGUACUGCAAGGUCAGCUUGACCAGAAAGCCGAUAUAAUUGUAUCCUUGCAAAAACAAAUGGAAGCACUGACUGUUGAUAAACAAUGCCUUCAGAGUGAAAGUAAAGAGCUGCAACUGUCUUUAAAUAAAUGGACUGCUGAGCACAAUCAACUGCUGAUUAAAGCAAAUAACUGUGAGUCUGUGGCUGCCUUUGCACAGGAUCAGGCAAAAAUUCUUGUCAUUGAAAAUCAGAAACUUAAAGAAAACCUUGAAAAUGUGAACUCUACACUAUGCAGUAAAACAGAUGAGGUUGCAGCUCUCCAGGCCUUACUGUCACAAAAGGUGGGAAUGGUAACCUCGCUGAAUGAAAAUGUCAGUACCGUGGAUGUUGGCAAUGGGAAAUUUACAUUGACUCUUGAAGGGAAACAAAUUUCAUCAAAUCGGCAGGCAAUUUUGCUGCAACAGGAGCAAGGCAAAGUCUUGCAGGAGGACAGGCAGAUGAGUCAAUAUGUGCAGAUAAUUUCGCAUUUACAAGCUCAGGUGCAAAUGAUCACAUCUGAAGCUGCUCAGUUUAAACAGAUGCUGCAAGAGAAAGAGAGCGCUCUUCAACAGAAAGCUGACUUAGGUGGAGAGCUUGAGAAAAUAACUGCUGAGCAUGAAGCAUUAAAAUUGCAAUCUAUGGAAAAUAUGGAAACCAUUUUGAAACUUCAAAACCAAAUCCAGGCCACGACUUCUAAAACAUAUGAAUUAAAAUGCAGCAUUGAGGAAAGAGACAAGUUGCUGGCCUGUAAAGUUGAUGAGUGUGUCAAAGUCAAAGCAGUACUUUCUGAAACAGAGGGUAUAAUUUCACAACUUCAAGAGCAACUGGCAGCUGCCAACACUGAAGUUGAACAACUGAGGACUACUGUGCAGGAAAAAGAGAUGAUGGUACAGCAGAUCAAGGAAAAUACUGCAACUUGCAAUGAAGCAUUAAUGUUAAAGAUACAAACUAAGGAAACUGAAUAUUCAGCACUUAACGAAAAGUUUAAUAAUCUUGAACAUUUAUUUUCACAAUGUAAUAAUCAAAUAAACCAACAGAAUUCAGAAAUAAGCCAACUGAAAGAAGUUCUUGUGCAAAAGGAAGCUUCAGUUUUAGAGGAGAGAAACCUUGUCAGGAAAUGGCAAGACCGGGCAAAUGAGUGUGAUUUUCUGAAAUUGGCAUUCACUGAGAGUAGAGAGAAGGUUUCUCAACUCCAGAAUGAAGUGCAGAACCUGUUGUCUGAGUCAAAGCAACUUGAGGAAUUACUGCAUGAAAAAGAAACUGCUUUUAGCCACCUGCAGGAAAGGUAUGCUGCGCAGUCUGAACAGUUUGAGGAAUUCCGUGAAAUGCUUCGUGUGAAGGAGCAAGAAAUAACAGAACUUCAGGCAGCACUUUGUACAAAGGAUGUCAAUAUUCAAGUCAUAGAAAGUAAUGUGAGUGCUUUGAUGAUUGAAGUUAAGUCAUUAAAAGAGGAACUGCAGAAGAGUCAGGUAUCACUAACUGACUACAGGAAUGUUAUACAGCAAAAAGAUGAAAUGUUUGCUAUCAAUCAGAGGAACAUGGAGAGUCAGAUUGUAACUCUAGAAGAACAAAAAAUCCAAUAUAAAGAAGCUGCAGAACGACUUGACAUGAUUAAUCAGGAUUUAAAACAGAAUGCACUAAUCCUUCAGAAGAAAUAUUUGGAUCAGACACAUCACAUUGAGAAACUUGACUCAAAGCUGAAGGCUUCAAUUGAAAAAUCUGCUGAAGACUACCAAGAGAAAGCAGCAUUGAUUGAACAUCUUUAUCAGCAGAGUGAUCAACUUAUAAAAGAGAAUUCACAAUUGGUUCACCAGAUUAAAGUGAUGAAGAUGGAAAAGGAACAAACGAGUGUCCCAUAUCAGCAGAAAGCAAAUGAAUUGCAGGUGCUUGAAGAAAAGCUUGCAACAAUGUGUGAUAUCAGGGAAAAACUUGAUAUUUCGCAGCGCUUGAAAGAUGAAACUGGAUCUCUUCAAAACCAGGUCAGUGUUAAAUCAGAACAAAUAGCAAAACUGAAACUGGAAGUUCAAAAAUUAGAGGAAAAGCUGACCGAGUCGGAAAGGAAGUCAUUAGAAUUUGGUAGGGAAACUGAGAAAAAUAAUCUGCUAACGGAGAAAUUUAGCAAUUUAGCAAAUCAACUAGAGUUGAAAGAUGUUAAAAUAGAUAGUUUACAAAAGGCACUAGAUAAUUUGCAAGAGCAACUUUGUGAGCAGUCGUCUGUUUUAAAAACCAGUUCAAGUCGUCUGAAAGAGCAAGAAGUGUUGGCAUCAAAGUUCAGUCAACAAGUUGUUGAGAAACAAUCCAAACUGGAUGAAUUGUCAGCUUUGGUUUUAAGCACCGAACCUGCUGUUACUGAGUUAAAGCAAACUCUAUCUGAGAAAGAAAAAGAAGUUGAAAGUUUGCAAAAUAGUCUUUCAGCAAGUGAAAAGCGAGGUUCAGAAAUUACAGGAAGCAUGGGCGAUAAAAUAAAAUCCUUUGGAGAAGAAAAGCUCUCGCUCUGUAAUGAGCUCAAACAAACUGAAUUAAAUCAUCAUUUGGAACUAGAAGCUUUACAACAAGUAGCUGAUCUUCAAAAGGUACAAUCACAAGGUGUACUAAGAGAAAAGCAGCCCCUUUUAGAUGAAAAUAUCCAACAAAGUAAUUCAGCACAAGAGCAGAUCAGUGCUUUGGAGGAAGAACUUAACAAAAAGUCCCAACAGUUGGAGGAUGCAGUCAAGGAAGGGCCUCAGCAUUUUGAUUCCUUGCAAAAGAAGGAACGAGCAGCACACUUAUUGACUAUGCAAGUGAACCAACACCAAGAGUUGGAAAUUUCUCUCAGCCAGCAGCUGAGAGAAAAGAAAGCUUCAACUGCGCAGCUUACAGAAUCCAUAUCAAAGGAAAUGGUUACAGCAGCAGAAGAAGAAAAACCUUUGGCUGGUCAAAUACAAGAGCUUAAGGUUCAGCACCACGUUUCUAAUGAAAAGAUAGACAGGCUUACAGAUGAACUAGCCAAAUAUAAGAAACAACUAGAAGAGCAAGAAAUUCUUCUGAAUGCAAAAGAAACCCAAUACCAUGGCAUUGCUGCUGAAAAUGAACAGUUACUUUCACAAACAGAAAUACUUGCAAAGGAAAGGGACCUACUCAAAAAGAAAUUUCAAGCUGCACUAAUAACUAGAAGGGAUUUGAUGAAGAAAGUUCAAGAGUUGCAGCAAGGAGCCAUUGGCAAAGAGAAGGAUCAGCAGAUCACAGAAAUGCAGCAUAAUUACAGAAUGCUUGAAAGUCAGACACAAGAGUUGACCUCAGAAGUAACAAUUAGUCAGAAACAAAUUAAACAGCUUGAAUCACAUGUUGAAGUCCUAAAACAACAGUUGGUGGAAAAGGACAGUGAUAUAAAUAUUCUGAGUGAGACUCUUUCCAAAAAAGAAACUGAUCUAGAACAAUUGGAAGAAAAGUUCAAUAAAUGUGAAAUGGAACAAGAAGCCCUGUCUGUGGAAUUGCUUCAAACUGUUCAAAAGAAAGAUUCCUCAAUUGCAGAACUCCAGGCUGUUUUAAAAGACAAAGCGAAAACAUUUGAAGAUGAGCGCUGUCAACUUAUUUCAGAUCUUGAGAGAAUUAAAAGUUCUUUACCAAAACAAACAGAGUGUUCGAACACUGAAUCACCUGGUAGAAACGAGGAUCCUGGGUAUGGUAAUAUUGGUGUCAUGGAGAUCAUUGAACAGGUAAAUGUGUUCAAACAAGAAAAGGAGCAGUUACAAAAGAAACUUCAGGCAGCUCUUUUGGCUCGAAAAGAAGCUAUCAAGAAGCUUCAUGAGAAGGAUAAACACCAUAAAGAGCAGUUGUCCCUACAGAAGGAGGAAUACAGUCACACUUCAGAAAUGUAUUUUGUGCAAACCAAAGAGUUAGAAAAUGUGAAAGGAGAACUAGCUGCACUCCACCAAACACAUCAAACAAAGCUAACAGAGUUUGAAUGUAAUAGAGAACUGACAGGGACUCUGCAAGAGCAGUUGCAAUCUGUCACUGUUGCACUUAAUGACAAAGAAAAGGUAUUAGAACAGCUUAAAAUUCAACUUGAGGAACAGAAUAGCAAAAUGCUUGCUGCCUUAAGUCAGCAAGAUGAAGUUCAGAUCCUUGAAAAGAAAUUAACAAGCAUGGUUUCCUCAUUAGCAGUUAAGGAUACUGAUUUGAAAAGCCUUCUAACUGAGAACGACCAACUUCAACAAGAGAAAACAAAACUAAUAUCAGAGUUAGGGAGCGCACAAGUUAGGAUUGUUGAAACAUCAGAAGAAACCCGAGUGAUAAAGCAUUCUCUAACCAGUCUUGAAUGUCAGUACCAAGAGGAAAAGGAGCUCAAGGCUACAGAGAUUAAUUGGCUUCAAAAUCAGUGUCGUUCAAUACAAGCCGAAGCUGAAAGCCUCAAAGUUGCCCUGGAGGGAGCACUAAAAGAUAAAGAAAAUUAUUCCCAUACUCUAGAAAAUUCAGCUAAAGAUAUUGCUUGUCUCAAAACACAGCUGUUGGAUUUACAAGGAGAGAAAGAUCAGAUUCAAGCACAGCUUGAUUUUUUUCAGGGGGAGAAUGCAGAAGUCAAAUCAAUAUUGCAGCAAGCUUCCCAGUAUCAAAAAGUACACGAAGAAGAGAAGCUGCAUACACAAUUGUUGUCUGCGCAAUCAGAGCUAGCAAAGAUGCAUGAGAGUUUACAAAAACGGAAUGACACCAUCGAGACAUUGGAGUGUACAUUGUCUGCAAAAGAGAAGCUCCUAGAAGAACUGAAAUUGCAAGUUAAAAAGCUAUUAUUUUAUGAAACAGAAAAAGAAAGAGGAAAGACUUCGACCAUUGAAGUUCAACAGAAGGCAGCAGACAAUUCUGAAGAGUGCAGGUCUAAAGAACUGACUCAACGAAAGCUACAAGCCGCGCUAAUAUCCCGGAAAGAAGCCCUGAAAGAAAAUAAAGCCCUUAAGCAUGAUGUUAAUGCUUUAACAUCAGAAAAAGAAGUUCUUAUUUCCAAGAUUUCUACCCUUGAAAUAAGCUUAGUUGAUGUAAAGAAACAACUGGAGCUUUUACAACAAGCAAUUUCAACACAUCAUGAAGAGAAGACUAUGCUUCUUUCUGAAGUAGAUGCAAUAUUUGCAGAAAAACAGAACUUAAAUGCUGCAUAUGAAAGUCUAAAGCUUACUCUAGAAAUGGUAACAGAAGAGAAGCAAGACCUUUCUCACCAGCUGGAUUCAUUGAAAUAUUCUCAGGCACCGGAGCUGUCAGAGUUGAAAGCAAAACAUGAUGAACUAAAGCAUGAAUAUGAAUCCCUUUUACAGUCCUAUGAAAACAUUGGAAAUGAAAUGGAUAAAAUGAGACAGAUAGUUGAAACAACCAGAAAGGAAAAGCAAGAGAUUGUUUACAAAUUCCGUGAAGUUGAGGCUAAGAAUCAACAUAUUGAGAAACAACUCGAGGAGGUGAGUGAUCACAAUGAUAAAAUGAAGGACAAAAUGAGAAAGCUUGCAAAAUCCAAACAGCAGAGAGUUCAGGAACUUGAAGAGGAAAUUGAAAGAAUCAACACUGAGUUGCAAGCUAUUUCUACAAAUCAAAGUCUCACAAAUGAAUUGUCUGUUCAGUACAAUCAACUCAGAGAGGAAAACAAUUUGCUAAAGCAAAACUAUGAGGAGCUUAAGUCAGAAUUUUAUAAAACUCAGAAGGAAAAUGAGCAUUUACUGAAAAAACUUAACACAUCUACAUCUAUAUUUGAUGAGCUACAGUCCAAAGAGACAUUUCAUUCGUCUGAGUUACGAUCCAAAAUUGAUGAUAAAUCCCAAAUAAAUGAGUCAUUAUCUUCAGGCAAACAAACGUUGGAGGCUGAGGACAGAACAAUUCAAGGUGUGGAGCAAGCAAGGCAACUACUGUCUGAGAAAUUAAAACAGCUGAAGUUAUAUCACAAGAUGGAGAGCCAUGAAAAAGAAGAUGUAAUUAUAGAACUUCAAGUAGUGAAAGGAUAUCAGCAGGAGAUUGUGAACUUAAAUGAAAAAGUAAAAAUUUUAGAAGAUGAUAAAUCCCUUCUCCAAGAAGAACUUGAAAAUGCUCAAGAAAUGUCUGACAAGGUCAAAAAUGAAAAAGAGUAUCUGGAGGCAGAGUUACUUAAAAACGCGGAAAAACUUGAUCAGUUAACAGAAGCACUGAAGACACUUAAUGUACAAAAUAAUUCGCUUAUCAGUGAAUUGGACAGUUUCAGACAAGAGAAAUGCCAGUUGGUCAAAGCAAAGGAAGACCAGGAAAUAAAAUGGGUAAAAGAAUUUGAGGAGAAGCUCCGGUCUGCUCAGAGAGGUAAAGUCAGGUCCAAUGGUGAAACCAAACAAUUGCAAGAACUGUUAAAAGAGAAACAACAGGAAAUAAAUCAGUUACAGAAGGACUGCAUCAAAUACCAGGAGCUCAUUUUGGACUUGGAACGAUCAGUCAAAGCAUCUGAGUCUGCUUGUGAAGAACUGCAUAAUAAACUAGAGUGCGCAACUGCAAAAGUCUCCAAAUCUGAAGAGCAAAUCAGAAUUGUCCAAGAAGAGCUUUCUUCUUAUAAAGUUUUGCUCCGCAGUGCCAAAAGUGAAGCUGAUGGUAUUCAGGCACAGUGUUUAGAAUUAACGGAAGAGCUACAAAAAAAAGAAGAGAAAGCAAAAGCCCAAAUUACUGAAAAAGAGAAGAAAUUCCUUGUGACUUUGGAGCAGCAGAAAACACUUCAUCAAAAAGAAAUAGUCAGUUACCAGGACAAACUAGAUUUGUUGGAGCGUGAUAAAGAUAGGGUGGUUGCAGAGCUCUUGGAAGUACAGGCUGAACAAAAUGGCCGUGACCUACUCAUUAAAAAGCUUCAAGGUGAGCUAAAUAGUAAUUUGGCAAAUUUGGCAGCUUUUGCAAAAUGUAUGUCCUCUCUUCAAGAUGACAGAGAUAGAAUUAUUGAAGAAAGCAAAAAAUGGGAAACUCGAUUCCAAGAUGCCAUCCAAAAUAAAGAACAUCAAGUGCGAGCAAAGGAAGAAAUGUUACAGAAACUUGAUGAUGAAAUCAAGCAAAAAUCUUUUGAUGUUCAAGAGCUCCAACAUAGAUCUUUAAAGUUAGAGCAGACAAUAAAUGAACUUACUGUGAGCAGCAAAGAUGCAGAGGUGAAACAUCAGAAUGAAUUGGUUAAUAUGAAAGAACUUAUUUGCAAACAUUCUGAAAAACUUGAAGAGAUGGAGAGAUUGUUAAAAGAGAAAGAAGUAGCCUUGAGCAAAUUGUUGCAAGAGAAUAAUGACUUAAGCACACAGCUUUCUGAUAUGAGCCAUUCUGUGACCAAAUUGAAAAUAACUGAGCAAAUGCUGGAAAAAAGUCUGGCAGAGAAACAAUCCGAAAGUCGCCAGCUUCUGUCUGAAAAUGAAAAAUUAAGUGCUGACCUGGAGAAGCAAAAUGCUAUUUCCCAGCAGCUGAAGCUAAUGCUAAGCAAUAAGGACACGGAGAUUUCAAAACUCAUUUCAUCAAAAGAAGGUGAAAUUUCAGAGUAUAUAGUAGAAUUACAGCAACAAUAUAAAACACAUAUGGAGGUCAGUGAGAAUAAGUUGAAGGUUUUCCAGCAUGAUAGCUGUAAAGCAUCUAGUGAAGUCAAAGAAUUGCAGAUGCAGGUCGAUAAAAGCAGAGAAGACAAAGACAAAGCAAUUGCCAAAAUAGAUGCAUUUACAAAAUCCAUGGCCUCUCUUCAAGAUGAUAGAGACCGUAUCUUAUCAGAAUAUACACAACUUGAACAACGCCACCUUGAUAUGCUAAGUCAGAAGGAUGGUUUUAUUCAGGAGAGUGCAACUGAAAACAAUGAACUUAAGCAAGAGAUCAGAAGUUUGCUCAACCAAAUGGAUGACCUUAAUUCUGAAAAUGCAAUGCUUAGAGCACAAUUGAUUCAGUACAGGGAGGAACUUAACCAGGUAUUGUCCUUGAAAGAUAAUCAGUUGAAGGAGCUACUUCAAAAGCAACUCCAGCAAAUUAAGAAUCUUGAGAUUGAAAAAAGCAAUAUUGAAAAACAAUGGAAAGAAGCACAGAAAUCUCUUGAAAAAUGCAAUGAAAGCAUCAAUUCCUUACAAGCAGAAAACAAGCAAAUUAUGGCACAAAUGAUCGAACUUAAGAUUGCCCCUUUACACACACAAGACAAAUCAGAAACAAAUGAGAGAAAGUUAAUUCUGGAACUUCAACAGAAACUUAAAUGUAUAACUCUGGAAUAUGAUGAACUAAAAAAGGAUUUCGAUGUUAAAACAACCAUUUUAGAGGAACUUGAAAACAAAUGCAUUGAUGUUGACGGUCUGACGAAGUCAGAGACUGGGUUCAAAGUCACUGAAAAAGCAGUUGAAGUUGUACAGGAAAGAACUCAAGAAAAACUGGUUGGAUCAUCAAAUGAUUUGUUAAAAGUGGCGGUUUGCCUUAAAGACCAGAAUUUAUGUAACAGCAACUCUGAGAUAAAAUGGCUUAGAAAUAAAAUUGAAGAACUGGAAAAACUACUUCAAGCAAAGUUGCAAGAACAGACUGAACAAGAUAUUUCUUCCUUCCAGAAUGAGAUGGCUGAGCUAAGAUCAGAGAAGACCUUACUGCUUUCAGAGUCUACAGCUACAAAAGAACAAUACCUCUUAAAAGUGGCUGACCAUAAUAGACAAUUUACUGAAUUGAGCAAGUUGAACCAGGAAGUGUGGACUAGUGACCUAGCAAAUAUAAAUACUGUGCAGCAGAUGAAGCCUUUAGAGAUUGAAUCUUCGCUGAGCAAUGAGAAUAUUGCUGAACAAAUGAAGUCUCUACUAAUAGAAAAGAAACAACUGCAGAGUGAAGUCCAGCGUUAUUUACAAGAGAUUCACCACAAAGAACAAAAAUUUCAAAAACUGAAUAGCAAGGUUAUGCAGAGCAUUGAAGAGAAAGCCACUUUGUCUAGCCAGCUAAAAGCUGUCUCUCAGACAUUGCGUGAUACCCAGUCACGUUAUGGAGAUCUUCAGGAUCACUAUUAUCGACUAGAAAGACAGUACCAAACAAUACGUUCAUCUUUGCACAAUGAAGAGCAAAAUGAAACAAAUGAAGAAGUUCCACCAGGGGCUCCACAAGAGCGUGCUAGUGUUAUAGUGGAAAUUGACAACUUAGAGCUGAGUGAACUGCGGAGGAGGCUUGCAGAAUCGGAUCAACGUAAUGAUUCAGCUCACCAGGAGUUGUCCCAGUUAGCAGAAAUGUUAGCACAAGAAGAGCUCAGAAGAAGUGCUGCAGAGGAAGCAUUGAUAGCAGCUGAAGAAAUGCUAAAGGGUCUUGACAUUCCUACUGUCAGACAACCACCUAGAGAAUACACCAUACAACUGGAAUCUGAUGAAGAACGUGAAGCUUUAAUCAUAGAUCCCAGCGAACACGUCGUGGUCCGGAAGGUAAAGAGGGGAGCGCUAUCCUUCAAACGGUGGCUGCGUGGCCGAAGUUUGUACUGCUCAAAGAUAAUGAGCUCAAGGGCCAGAUCACGCUACUUAGUCUUUGUGUAUUUUGUGACACUACAUAUUCUUGUUUUCAUGUGCCUGACGGGACUUUUAUAGGUGCAUUGACCAGAAGAAAAGAUUUUGUGAAAUGUACACAUGGUUGAUGUGAAGCAUUGGGAUGAUGGUGCAGUUGUGAUUUAAUCUAAUCUGUCCAUUGGAAAACCGAGAAUAUGGAGUGAAGUCUUGUUUUCAUGCCUUGCCAUAUUUUACUCUCUGUUGAAGUCCAUGGAAGACAGGAUGCAAAAACAGGAUGCUCCAUUUGAUCACGCAGUUUUCCAAAUUUUAGGUAAGAUAAAAAAUUACAGCUGUGUAAACUCUUUUCAUAUUAUUAUAUUGUAUGAAGUGUAUUGUUAAGAUGUCUUUCUUUGAGGUGAGAUUGUGAACUGGGUUUCAAAUUUUAAUUGUUUGCUUGCCAUUAAAUUCAAAAGUUACUCUGCAAAUAUGUAAUGGUGGUGUAGAAAUGUAAAAUUGUAUAUAUUUUCCAGUGUGUAAAACAAUAUUAUUUAAUUCUGCUACUCAAGAUGGACACCUGGUAAAGAUUGAAAGACUAUUUUUAUGCUUGAAAAUG